CCGGCAUCCGUAGCCGCAUCCCAGAUUCAGCGCUGCUGUCAUAACAAGAGAAAGAGGAUAAUAAGUUAUCAGUGCCUGCCUGAAGAAUAAUCCUCUCCAUCGACUUCAAGCCGACAAGUUUUUAUUUCAAAAUGUCAGACAAAAGUGAGCUAAAAGCAGAGUUAGAGAGAAAGAAACAGCGUCUGGCACAGAUCAGAGAAGAGAAGAAGAGGAAAGAGGAGGAACGGAAAAAGAAAGAGCUGGAUGGACAGAAGGAGGGAGCAUCGCCUCCGCAGGAUGACUCUGAUCUGGAGAGGAAGAGGAGAGAGGCGGAGACUCUUCUGCAGAGCAUGGGCAUCGUGGAUGCCUCUAUGGUGCAACCUCUGCGCGAGAUAACAGAGGACACGUGUCUGUUUCACUAUUUAGUCCCCCCUCCCGUGUCUCCCUCUGCCAAAUCAGUGGGCACCCCCAGCGAAACGGGCAGCCAGGACUCUGGAGAUGGCGGCACGGGUCCGAGGACUCUUCAUUGGGAUUCUGACCCUUCUACUCUGCUGCUACAUUCAGACUCUCAGCUCGGACGUGGCCCGCUAAAGCUGGGCAUGUCAAAGGUCACGCAGGUGGACUUCCCUCCCAGAGAGAUGGUGUCAUACUCGAAAGAGACCCAGACCCCAACACAGACGCAGCACAACGAGGCUGAGGAGGAAGAGGAAGAUCUGGCUGUGACACAACCUGUUCUCGAGCCUAAAGAUGAGAAAGACUCUCAGAAUGAGGAGAAAGACGCAUCCCCCCACGAGCUGACGGAGGAGGAGAAGCAGCAGGUUCUUCACUCCGACGACUUCAUGAACUUCUUCGAUCACAGCUCUCGUAUCGUGGAGCGCGCUCUUUCUGAGCACGUGGACAUCUUUUUCGAUUACAGUGGUCGAGACCUUCAGGAUAAAGAGGGGGAGUCACAGGCAGGGUCCAAACUCUCCCUGAACAGACAGUUCGCGGACGAACGCUGGUCUAAACACAGAGUCAUCACAUGCCUCGACUGGUCACCACAGUAUCCGGAGCUGCUAUUGGCAUCGUACAGCAGUAAUGAGGAGGCUCCUCACGAGCCCGACGGCGUGGCUCUCGUAUGGAACAUGAAAUAUAAAAAGACCACACCAGAAUAUGUCUUCCACUGUCAGUCUGCAGUGAUGUCAGCGGCGUUUGCACAGUUCCAUCCCAAUCUGGUGGUGGGAGGAACAUACUCGGGCCAGAUCGUCCUGUGGGACAACCGCAGUAACAAACGCACCCCCGUGCAGAGGACCCCACUGUCAGCCUCCGCUCACACGCAUCCAGUGUAUUGUGUGAAUGUGGUGGGCACUCAGAACGCUCACAAUCUCAUCAGCAUCUCCACUGACGGGAAGAUGUGCUCGUGGAGCCUAGACAUGCUGUCCACACCACAGGACAGUCUGGAGCUCGUCUUUAAACAGUCCAAAUCAGUGGCGGUGACCUCCAUGUCAUUUCCUCUGGGCGACGUCAAUAAUUUUGUCGUGGGGAGUGAAGACGGCUCAGUUUAUACAGCCUGUAGACACGGCAGUAAAGCAGGCAUCAGUGAAAUCUUUGAAGGUCAUCACGGACCAAUCACAGGGCUCGACUGUCACACUGCAGCAGGACCGGUGGACUUUUCUCACCUGUUUGUCACUUCCUCCUUUGACUGGACCGUCAAACUCUGGAGUACCAAGAACAAUAAGCCUUUGUACUCCUUCGAGGAUAAUUCGGACUAUGUGUAUGAUGUCAUGUGGUCACCCACACACCCGGCUUUGUUCGCUUGUGUCGACGGAGUGGGACACCUGGACCUGUGGAACCUCAACAAUGAAACUGAGGUUCCCACCGCAAGCGUGACAGUUGAGGGAAACCCGGCUCUGAACCGCGUGCGCUGGACUCACUCGGGCCGAGAGGUGGCUGUCGGGGAUUCAGAUGGGCAGGUGCACAUUUAUGAUGUCGGAGAGCAAAUUUCAGUGCCACGUCAGGACGAGUGGACUCAGUUUGUGCGCACGCUUACUGAAAUAAACGAGAAUCGAGAGGAUGUGGAGGAGCUGGCGGCUCAACGACUGGCCGCAUGAUCGCCAUAGCAACCCUUGCCGACCAAUGAAGUUUCCUCUGCAGUUUGCAUAUCUUCACCCUUUCUGAAGUUAUCUAGUGUCAUUGGAUGACAGUCUAGAUCUUCCAUGUUUUUCUAUUUAAUGCUAAAACACUUUAUACGAGAAAGCAAAACUUGCUUUUAAUGUUGCCACUUACAAUAUUUUUCAGCACAAGAUUAUAAUAUUAGGAGAGAUUUAUGAUGUUUUUAUCUAUUUACAGAAUUAGAAUCAUAGCUGUUCACCAGGACUAACACAUAAAUAUGCAAAACAUUACAAUUUGUCUUUUUAACACUUUAAGAUAAUUUAACACCGACUUUAACCUACAGUUACAGGAAAUUGUUUUUGGUGGAAUAUUUUAACUGAUAAACUAAUGGUCAUUUUAAAUUUACUGGAUUUAUUUAUAUCUCUUAAACAAUGCCUUUAGCUUUGAGCUCUAUGGCUGCUAAAGACUGAACAUGUAUGUUUUUAAUAUCUCUGUUCUUCAACACGUAACGGGGGUCUCACUUCAGGAUGCCUUAUAGCAAACCUUAGAAAUGAACACACGUAUCCACAAUCUUCCAGCACACACAUAUAAAGAUCAUUGUAUUCUCUCUUGGUGCUUGCUAAUUCAAGUGGCUAAAACUGAAACAUAUUAUUUUAUUCUGAAUUUUUUUUAGAAAUCUGUAGUUCACUUCGUUUUGUAUUUAAAGAUGGAAAGGAAUAAUGUGGUGUACCCAUUUAACAUUUUAAAAUCUAGACCUAAAUAUCUUCACUUGGGCACAUACAGUGCGAUUCAUUUACCUUGCUAGGACAUUUUUAACAGAUGAGAAGCUCAUAAAAUGGCUUAUCCAAACCCACAUACUGUAUUUUCAUGUCUGUAUGUAUCAAACGUUUACCUUGGUCUUUUCAUUUCAUCAUUGAAAUGGAGUUGAAAUUUAGUAAUCAAGCUAAAAUGUAAGUUUUUACAUUUAUUUAUUCCUUUGUGUGGAUUUAUUGACAUUUUAGUUGCUAAAAGACAUUUAUACCAAAUUUAAUCUAAAAUCUUAAUGUUUAAAAAAAGAAAUUACAAUAGAUGCCGUUUGUCGGCUAACCUUGAAACAGCUUUUUAACCAGUCCAGAAAGUCAUACCUGCCUUAAUUUACAAACAGAUUCUGCACCAAAGCCAGUCAGUCUGUAUUUUCCCUUUUGUUGUUUUUAAUUGAAUGAAGGCUUAUGUGAAGGUCUGAAUACCUGCUUAUGUUUUUGAUGACCGAUUUGGUUUACCAGGGUUCCCACUUGUUGCGGAAAACCUGGAGGUAUUUGCAAUUUUUUGCCUGGAAAAAUCCAACAUAAUAAAACUGAGAUUUAUAUGUUUCCUGGCAACAAGUCAAACAAAUAAUUACAAUUAUUAAAUUAAAUUGUUCAAUUCACUUACAAUGCAAGUUUAAUACACACAUUGUAAGAACUCAUUCACAAUGAACUUGGAAAAAUGUACGCCCUUCUUCAGAUUUGUAAAUAUUAAUGUAAUUGUCUAGAUAUUAAAAUAAGUAUAAUAUUUUAAGUAUUUAAAAUGUACAUUUUCAUGGCAUUGAUACAAUAAAUUCACUUCGAUCAGAUCACCGGGGAUUAUUAAAUAUAUCACAAACAACUGGAGGCGUCAGGGAAAUCAUUGGUCAGAACGUGUGGGAACCCUGAUUUCCAUUUGACCAAUACAAGAAUGUUGAAACUCCAUUCCUGCACUAUUCCGCCCAUUCACUUUUUCUAACUUUUUUUAAACUUGCUUCAAUAAAACCUACGCAAAUGUAAAAUUGAACUGCGUUGAUUUAUUUCCAUAAAAUACAAGAAUGAAAUGCAUUUAAAUAUCUUCUACAUUUCAAAUCAAACGAUGAUUUCUUUGAUCAAUGGAUCAAGUUUUGAAACCUUUGUACAUC